AUGGCACUCUGCCUGGAAUGCUUCACUACCUGUUACACCAGCAUUGUCUGUCUGAGGAGAAUCCACGACGAGAGCCUGAUUCUAAAAGACACCUCCAAGUACGGCACGUUCGUCAACGGCGAGCGUCUCACGGCACCGGUGAACAUCAAGUCUGGAGACGAAGUUACGUUUGGGGUUUUUCACAGCAAAUUCAGUGUGGCUCAUCAGAAGCCCAUGGUGUGCUCGUCAUGUCUGGACAACGAAGGCAAGACGUCGCUCUCUCAGGCUCUGCAGGCUUUGGGUGGCAGCCUGGUCAACACCUGGACGGAGGACUGCACACACCUGGUCAUGCCUUCUAUUAAAGUCACCAUCAAGACGAUUUCGGCUCUGCUGUGCUGUCGUCCUAUCGUGAAGCCAGAGUUCUUCUCAGAGCUCAACAACGCCGUGCAGCAAAAGUUGCCGCCUCCUAAAGCUGAAAGUUUCACCCCCGAGAUCGACGAGCCCAGCUUAAACAAAGAGGACGUGAACCUCGGCGUGAUUCCGCUUCGGAAACGGCUCUUUACCGGAAAGACCUUCGUUUUCCUCAGCGCCAAGCAGCUGAAGCGCCUGAGUGCGGCAGUGAAGUUCGGAGGCGGCCGAAGUCAGUUGCUGGAGGAAGGCUCGCUGCUCAGGAACCUGCUGGAGUCUCCACAGAGCUGCGUGGUCGACGUCACAACCGGAAGCUCCCAAGCUCUGCUGCCUCCUUCCAGCGCAGAGUGGGCCAACUCUGUGAGGAGCAUCGUUCAAAGAAAAGGCCUUCGAGUCAUCACGGAGUCUGAAAUCGGUCUGGCCGCCAUCUACGCUUCCUGUGACAUGUACUGCAACUCAUCCAGCCUGAUGCCAGACUCAGACUCUGCGCCUAAAGUGAACCCCAGGAUCCCGAGUGCGUCGCUGUCGCAGAGCGCAACCGUGGACGAGAGUGUUUUACCUGCAGCGUCUCAGAACAUCACGGCUUACGCAGCCAACACAGAGACUUCACAAAGGGUGAAGGUGUGCGAGGUGAGCGGAGUGGCGGCAGUGGGAGAAACUCCUGAAAAGCAGCAAAACCAGAACAGCGAUCGAUUCCGUGGAUCCAAACUGGCAGCUCAGAACACAACAACAAGUCAGUGCGUCGUGGCCGAAACGAUGAGCUCAUCGUUCAACACUACAGAGAACUCACAGAGGAAGAAACCUGAGUCCAGACUCACAGCUGCAGGUGAUCCUGACGUCAGACCUCAGCCGUCCGUUCCAAAGACCAACGGUGGGACGAAGGCGUCCUUUUUUAGGCCGUCUCCUCAGAAACCUAAAACGUCUGCACAAGCUUCCCCACAGAAACAGUCGACUCUGAUCAACUUCUUCCAGCCGGUCAGCAAGAAAAGGCCUUUGGAGGAUGACUUCCUCUCUGAUGUCAUGUCAGAGCCAAAGCGACCCGUCCUGGAACCACCCGCCACCUUCCAGAAACCAAACACAGCCACAGAAAUCCCUUCGCUUCCACUCAGAGGUGUGUCCGAGACUCCACCCGAGUCGGAGUCCGAUUUGUUCACGAGUCGGCCGGACGAACGGCAGAACAGAAAGAGGAAGGAGAUGGAAGAGGAGAUACAGAUGGAGGAACUGGAGUCCAUCAUGUCUGAGGGUAUGGACUGUUUCGACGAGCAGCUCUCAGACGACCAGACGCACAGUUCAGCCAAACAGAAACAAGGUUUAAGUACUGAAGAGGCUUCGAGCAAGAGACAGCGGCUCCAGCGAAAGGAGAACGAAACAACCAAACGGCAGAGUGGGCAGGUCGGCCUGGAGAAAACAUCAAGUCUCCAUCACAACCAGGGAUCUGAACAGCAUGUUGUCACUGUGAAGACGGAGCCGGUUGACCCAACAGACUACAGGACGACCACUGAAGAGUUCAGGAAACCGGCUGAAAAACCAACCGCACGUAAAAACAUCAAACCGUUCGAAGACGAUGACGUCGAGGAUUUAGAGCUCCUCGGUGCGGAUAUUUCCCUGCCUACAGAAGACACUAAGACUCCUCUGAAACCGGUGAAGAUCAAGCAGGAGCCCCAAGAGACGAAGAUGGACGAAAGCCUUCCCCAGAAGCUGGUGAUGGUGGAGUUCAGAUCUCUCACCGUGUCGGCUCCUCCGACGACCAAACAGAAACAGACGCCGGCCAACGUCUGCGCAAAGAACUUCAAAUGUUUCCGCAAGAACCGUGUGCCGGGCGCGGACGGAUUCCAACACGUCAUCGGAGGAUCCGACUUGCUGGUUCACAACAAGGGCAAGAACACCGAUCUGGAUGAAUGGCUGAAGGAUGCAGCUGAGGAGGAGCGUCAGAGCAGGCGGGAAGAGGCUGCGGGAGACGACCUCUUUAGGUACAACCCCACCAAGCUGGCCAAAAGAAGAUGAAAUGCCUUCAUCUUGACCUCUUCCAAAGGGGAUUCAUAUCAAAUGAAAGUAUGUGUGCGUAGAUAACUUCAGAUGUGACUCCUGGUUUCAACAUUUCAGCCUUUCAACGUUGUUUUCUGUCCUUUUUGUUCUGUGUUCUCUAAUUAAGCCGCUGACAGUAAGAAAUGUAACAAAAGAGGAUUUUUCUCAAAGUUUUUAUUCGUCAAUAAUAAAAAAUAUGGCAUACAAAACAUUAAAAACUCUUCAGUUGUACAAGAGAGCUUUGAAAACUCUA